CACGUUCACGUAAUACUCCCGUGAACAAGCUGACUUGUUGGAAAUGCUCGAGGAUCUGAAUUCCUUCUUAUAGCACAGCGGCUGUAAAAACCAGAGGAAGGAAAAAGUGAAGCGGCGCCAGGAAAAAUACUAAAAUAUUAGACAGAGGAUUGGAUUAUUGAUUAUUGCCAUUCACUUCACUGAAGGUUGUGUUGUGACAGGACAUUCCCUGGCUAGGGCACGAGCUGCCAUGCCAUUUGGUUGUCUAACACUCGGGCAGAAGAAGGAUUACAACAGUCCCACAGAGGUGACUGACAAAUAUGACCUCGGACAAAUUGUUAAAUCAGAGGAGUUUUGUGAGAUAUUCCGGGCAAAGGAUAGGAACACCUUGAAAAUGUACACUUGUAAAAAGUUCCACAAAAAGGAUGGAAGGAAAGUGAGGAAAGCAGCCAAGAAUGAGAUCAUGAUCUUAAAGAUGGUAAAACAUCACAAUAUCCUCCAGCUGGUUGAUGCUUUUGAAACUAAGAAAGAGUACUUCCUUUUUCUGGAGCUCGCUACAGGCAGGGAGGUGUUUGACUGGAUCUUAGAUCAAGGAUACUACUCUGAGAGGGACACCAGCAAUGUUAUGAGACAGGUGUUGGAGGCUGUAUCUUACCUGCACUCUCUGAAAAUUGUCCACAGAAAUCUUAAGCUGGAAAACUUGGUGUACUAUAAUCGUUUGAAGCACUCCAAAAUUGUUAUCAGCGACUUCCAGCUGGCAAAACUGGAAUAUGGACUCAUUAAGGACCCGUGUGGGACUCCGGAAUAUCUUGCUCCUGAGGUGGUCGGGAGGCAGAGAUAUGGAAGACCUGUGGACUGCUGGGCCAUCGGUGUCAUCAUGUAUAUACUUUUGUCUGGAAACCCUCCUCUCUAUGAUGAUGUCGAUGAAGAUGACUCUGAUAAUCGUGAUAAGAACCUUUUCCUUAAGAUUUUGUCAGGGGACUAUGAGUUUGAUUCACCAUAUUGGGAUGACAUUUCUGAUUCUGCCAAAAACUUAGUGGCAUCUUUGAUGGAAGUGGACCAAGAUCAGCGAUUGACUGCACAGGAAGCCAUUGCCCAUGAAUGGAUUUCUGGAAAUGCUGCCUCAGACAAGAACAUAAAAGAUGGCGUUUGUGCACAAAUAGAAAAGAACUUUGCCAAAGCCAAGUGGAAGAAAGCUGUUAGAGUGACCACCCUCAUGAAGAGACUUCGAGCAUCUGAGCAGGGCGAUUCAGGGGCCUCUGGCCUCGCUGUAGGUGCUGCGGGUGCUGCAGCUGAUCCCAACGCACCCAGCGGCACUUCUCCAGCUAGUGGCAACGACAGUGUUGCUGCCACCAUUAAAGCUGCUCUCGGCGAAAAGGCUCCCGACACACAGACUGCCGCCAUCUCUGCACUCUCCCUGCCCAGUGCAGCCAGACAGGAAGAGCAGCCACAGACACGGUGCAACGGUGAUGUUCCCCAAAUGUUGCCACAAAGGAAGGAAGACUAGGGUUCAAAUAAAUAAAAGUAGAGGACCCUUGCCAACUAAGAAGCACAUGUGCAGUAGAGCCAAUAAAUUUGGCAUGAUGAUACCAUGUCUAUGCUGUUCGACUUUCCCCCAGUUUGCAGAAUUAUUUCACGCCAUGCAUUUCAUUAUUUUUGCCUCCUGUACUGAGUGGUCUAUUGAGUAGUGUUCUCCACUCUCCCUUGUUCCUUUGUGUACAAGUCCCUUUAAAGGUAGUUGCAAAGUAGCUCUUCUGUUGUCCUUUUCCCAGAAAACUUUAAAAGCUCUAAGUGUAAUUUAGUGAAAUCAGCUCAUCUUAAUUCAUCAGUUCAUUGUAUAUAGAUGUAUUUGUCUGUUUCAACAAAUUGCUAGUUUUCUGCUUCAGAAUGUACAACCCUGAGUUCAUGUCUUGUGACUUAAGAUUAUGAGUUGAUUUGGCAAAUCGAUCACAUCGAGAUCUUAAAAUACAUGCAUAAAUUUAUUAGCAUAGUUUUAAACUUAGCAAUGCUGAACUUUUCAUGACAAUCUGAUGUCUUUAAAAUAUUCUUACAAGUUGUUAGAAACAAUGAAAUACAUACAGUCAAUUAGUGGAUUGAAUUUAAUGCCCAGACUAGAUAUCUUACAGUCAACUUACAUUUUUAUGGCAGCAAGAAAGCAUAUUUUUAAGUUUAAGUGCCUUAAUAUUUGUUGCAGUAAUGUACUGAAAUGUUUCAGAAGAAACAACUUCAUUUUAAUGGCUUACUUAUUUAUUUUAAAAUGUUUUAGCUGUUUUCCUUUGCAAUGCUGUUUAGUUUGAUGCUGCUGUAUUGAUGUGUUUUGUCCUCUUCACACUUCAAUUAAAACAUAGAAAAUUAAAUUUAGAACAUUGUACAUGCAGUGAUGUUUGAGCUGUCGUUGUUGUGUUGUCACUUGUUAUUAGUAAACUUCAGAGUUUAUAACUGAGUCCAUACACUGUUCCACUACGUAUAUUUGCAUUGUAUUUUUUUAAUUUACAUGUGUAUUUAGCAACAUUUAGCUGAGCUAAUGGGUUGCUACAAAGCUUAUGGUGUGAAUAAAAUG